GGCGGGGCAGCGCGCGCGGGGCGCCUUUGUCCGGCAGCGGCGGCGGGGCCGGAGCGCGGCCGUGCCCGUGCCCGGUGUCCCUGUCCCCGGUGUCCCUGCCCGUGCCCGGUGUCCCUGUCCCCGGUGCCCGUGCCCGGUGUCCCCGUCCCCGCUGUCCCCGUGCCCGUGAUGACUCUGGAGGAGCUGCCCGGGGAGCGCCGCGCCGCCGGGAGGAUGGAGCAGGCGGGGGACGCGCUCGAGGAGGUGCUGAGCAAGGCGCUGAGCCAGCGGAGCCUCACCCUCGGCGUCUACGAGGCGGCCAAGCUGCUCAACGUGGACCCCGAUAACGUGGUGCUGUGCCUGCUGGCGGCCGAGGAGGAGGAGGCGGGGGACGCGGCGCUGCAGAUCCACUUCACCCUGCUGCGGGCCUUCUGCUGCGAGAACGACAUCAACAUCCUGCGCGUCAGCAACCCGGCCCGCCUGGCGCAGCUGCUGCUGCCCGCCGCGGGCCCCGACCCGCCCGCCGACCUGCACUGCGUGCUGGUCACGAACCCUCAGGCAUCCCAGUGGAAGGACCCAGCGCUGAGCCAGCUGAUGUGUUUCUGCAGGGAGAGCCGGUACCUGGACCAGUGGGUGCCUGUCAUCAACCUCCCCGAGCGGUGACCCCCAGCCAGCCCCAGCACAGCUGCAAGAAUUCUCUUCUUUGCACUUGCUCAGGAAAGAACUCCCUGCCCCUGGCUCCAGGAGAGGGAGGGAAAAAAAAAAAAUAAAUAAAAACCCAACAAAACAACAACAAUAUAUAUGUGAAAUAAUAAAGCUGAAAGUGAUGUGGUGGGGAGCUGAGGAAAGCAGGGAUGUGCCCUCCCAAGAGCUCCCCUCACUCUUUCUGUCCUUAAGUGCCACUUAAAGUUCCUGCUUUAAACACCUUAACGAGGUUAAUCGAGGCCUUUUUGCCAGCAAAUGUUGUUGUAUUUUUUUGGGAUGUUAAUUCUCGCGUUUUUAUGCUAAGAUAUAUAAUAAUAGUAAGUUAUUUUCUGAUAUUGAUGGAAAAAUUAUUUAUACUUGGAGGUUUGAGAACCGAAAACACCCUCAAGCAGUUGGUCUGCAGCCACCAAUCUUCUCCCAGCUGGCUGCAAAAGCAGCACCAUUCAUAUAAUUGUUUGAAAUUCGAGUGUUUUUUUGGGGUUGUGGUGUUCUUGUUUUGUGUUUUCUUUUUUUUUUUUUGGAAAAUAAAGUGUAAAAUCAAA